GCGCGUGGGUCGGAAGCGCCGCGGCGGCGGCGGCGGGGAGCGGAAAAUGGCGACGGCCGCGCAGCUCACGGACGAGGAGCUCUUCUCGGAGCUGAGGCGCUUCGGCUUCUCCCCGGGGCCGGUCACCGAGAGCACCCGGCCCGUCUACCUGAAGAAGCUGAAGAAGCUGCGUGAGGAUGAACGGGCCGGGGCCCGCGGCGGCGGCGCCAACAAGACCCGGAACAGCAACAACAAUAACACGGGAGCCGGAGCGGCGCCGGGCGGAGGCGGCGGCCCCGGGCGGGCGGCCCCGGGAGCGCGGCUGGCCGGCGCCGAGCACCCCUUCCUCCCCGGGACUGCCGCCGGAGGCGGCCGGGGCCGCGCCGCAGCCCCCGCCGGGGGCGGCAAAGUGCUGCUGGGCUUCAGCUCGGACGAGUCGGACGCGGAGAGCAGCCCCCGGAGCCAGGCCGGCGGCAGGAGGGAGCGCGCUGCGCCCCUCUUCCGCGGCCUCAGGCCCGCCGCCCCCCACGGCGCCUGCGGCGUGAGCAGCAGCUCCCUCCCGGAGGAGGCGGCCCGGCGGAAGCCCAACGCCUGGUGGGGGGCGGCGGCCAGGAGACCGACGGCGACUCAGGGUCUGAGGGAGCUCGGGGACGGCGAGGAGGAGGACGACGACAAAGAGGAGGAGGAAAAGGAGAGCGAGCAACAGCGGUGGAAGAACCGGACCGUGAACGGGAACCGGCUCCUCUCCUACGGAGGCAGCAGGGACAAGUACUCGGACUCGGAGGAGGAGGAGGCGGCGGGGGCGAGGGCCAAACAGCAGGAGGAGUCUGCAGUUCGCCGGCCCAGACGGAGCCUCAGCAAGUCGCCUGCUCCAUUCAUAACAAGCAAAUGCGCUGCAGCCGGCGCUGGCGUGAUGGAGACGGGCCAAGAAAGGGCUGGCGGAGGCUGCAGUGCUGCUGUGCUCGUAACGAAUGACAGGGCGGCGGGGGCGGCUGCUGCCGGCAGUCUAGACAGGGGCAGAAAUCAGGAGGAGGAGGAGGAGGCGGCGGCGGCGGCGGUGGGGGGAAGAGGAGGAGGAGGAUGUGAAAAUCUGGACUCUAGUCCUCCCAGCCCCAGAUACCGCAUUGGCCUAUCCAAGAAAUCCCCAUCAGUAUUGCUGUUGCCACCACCGCUCACGGACGUGGACAGCGGCAAAAUCACUGACCCUCCAGGCACCAUUAGGAAAGCGACCAAUAAUCAUGUUCUCAGCGGUGCUCCUGGUAGCUGUAAUGUUGAAUCCAGGAUCUAUUCAUCUACUAAUAGCCUUCCCCCGGGUGGAACCACCUCCUCCCUUAGACUCAACCACUCCAAUCAUACGGGUUCAAAUCAUACCUACCUGAAAAACACCUACAAGAAGAAUCUCUCUGAGCCCGAGGAGGAGCUUCUCCAACAAUUCAAAAGAGAGGAGGUAUCCACCACUGGAGGCUUCAGUGCACAUUACCUGUCCAUGUUCCUCUUAACUGCUGCAUGCUUGUUCUUUCUGAUACUGGGAUUCACAUACCUGAGAAUGAGAGGUUCUGGAGUAGCUGAGGAUGUGGGAGCCAACAUCAAGGAUCCCUUUAGUGAAGAACUCAAAAAAAUACAAGAAGACGAAAUAAGUCUCAUGAUGAAGAGCUUGUAUGCACUUCAUGAUAAAUUGGCACAAGUGGCAGGGGAACAUGAAUGUGGCAGCUCUAUUCAAAGAAACCUUACCGUCCAGGAGGCAGCUGCAUAUUUAAAAAAUUUAGAUCCAGAAUAUGAAAGUGUACUUAACACAUCAUUACAAUGGAUCUUGAAUAGUGGGGAAGAUGUUGGCAUAAAGUGUCUCAGCAAUGACCCUAAUGAGAUGGAUGUCACUAACGUGACAGAUGUGAAGUAUCUGGAAUCCACUAGUCCAAAGAUGUCUUUCAGGUGUCGUUUUCGCCGUGCGUUUGUUAAUGUAACUCACAGAUUAUCAAUAUUGCUUUGGGGUAUAGCAAUGGUUUGGGGAGUCUUACACUACAUGAAAUACCGUUGGGCAAAAGAGGAAGAAGAAACAAAGCAGAUGUAUGAUAUGGUGGUGAAAAUCAUAGAUGUUUUAAGAAGCCACAGUGAGGCUUGUUCAGAAAAUAAAGAGUUGCAGCCUUACAUGCCAAUUUUGCAUGUGCGUGAUUCUCUAAUACCACCUCAGGACAGGAGGAAGAUGAAUAAAGUCUGGAACAGAGCAGUUGACUUUCUUGCAGCAAAUGAAUCUAGAGUUCGCACAGAGACACGAAGAGUGGGUGGUGCCGAGUUCUUGGUCUGGAAGUGGAUGCAACCUUCUGCAGCAUGUGACAAAAUUUUAGUGAUACCAUCAAAAGUGUGGCAAGGCCAAGCAUUUCAUCUAGAUAGAAGAAAUUCACCCCCGAACAGCUUGACACCAUGUCUAAAGAUUCGCAAUAUGUUUGAUCCAGUUAUGGAAAUAGGUGAUCACUGGCAUCUAGCAAUUCAAGAAGCGAUCUUGGAGAAGUGCAGUGACAAUGAUGGAAUUGUUCAUAUUGCCGUAGACAAAAAUUCACGUGAGGGCUGUGUGUAUGUCAAGUGUCUCUCCCCGGAGUAUGCUGGAAAGGCUUUCAAGGCAUUACAUGGCUCUUGGUUUGAUGGAAAGCUGGUAACAGUAAAAUACCUGCGACUAGAUCGGUAUCAUCAUCGUUUUCCCCAGGCUCUUACUUGUAACACUCCACUGAAGCCAUCAAACAAACACAUGAACUCUAUGUCACAUCUGCGUCUUCGGACAGGCACAACUAACUCUCAGGGAAGUUCCUGAGAAAACUUUCUACAACUGCUAGGACUGUUACUUGCAACAGGAAAGUUCCUGUUUGGCCGCCGUCUUCCUUUUUUAGUGCUUUUUGUAUGUAAUACUUUAAAGAAUUAAAUAAAAGUUCGAACGUUCCAGAAGUCUUGUUUCCAAAGGGACUUAGCAAUGAGGCAGUAAUACUGAGCUGACAAAAAAGGAAAAACAAGUUGUUUCACAAAGUUUUCUGGGGCUAUAGUAAACCGAUGCAUUUAAGUUUUGCAUGAGGAAUACCGAUUUCAUUAUACAUUUGCAGAUGUGGUGACGUAUUUUUGCACCAAGAAGUGUUUUUGCUAAUACAAAAGCAUGGAGAAAAGAAGACUUCUUGUAUUUCCAUAGUUUCCUGUGAAAUAAUCUUGUGGGUAUUUUGUAACAAGCAACCUACAGUUCCUGAUGGUGAAUAAGUUAAAAGAAAAUUCAGUCAAUAUUAGUUUUUUGUUGCUAUAUAAAAAUCUUUUUCUGCAGCUGGGGUAUGGGGAAAGUGAAAUUGGCAUUAGUGGUUGCAUAUCAAUGUGAGGGAAGAUGAACUGAUUGCGGAUGUACUGGGUUUUGUAUAUAAAUGUAAAUGCUGGUGGUGGCAAAAAGGGUUGUGUUCUGUGAGGAUGUCUGCGUCAAAGCAGCAAAUAAGCUUCCUAUUUUAUUCAAAACCUAUUGUUUUAUAUGGUUUGGCUGUACCAUGACAAGAGGCCAAAUACUUAAAAGUGUUGGAUACAGGUUAAAUAUCUUUUAUAGGUUUUAUAUAAAAUACCUUACUGAUUUUGUGUGAAAGGUCUGAUACCAAUUGUAAUGAAUUCAAAUUUGUGAGCAAUAAAGAAGCAAUUGGCAGAUACUGGAAAAAUAUUUUGUGAAAAGCUGUAUUUAUUAUUACAAGUGUCAGGGCUGUGACAAAAUACCAUUGGAUUAAAUGACAUUCCCAGUAUAUUAUAACAUGUUUUAAUUCUCCAUUUAUGUGUUAAAAUUUAAAAAUUCCUUCCUUGCAACAAUUUUGGCUCAUGCAAACUAGUGCAGCUGACAGUAAAUCUUGUGAUUCCAAGCUUGUAAAUUUACUAAUGUUUACCUAGAAGUACAAAAUUGUUGCUGAGAAGCUUAGUUGCAAAUCUAACAUUAUUGGCUUUACUAAUCCCCACUCCUACAACCAUUUUACCUAGUUAUCCAGCUGAACAUCCUGUAGGAGGUGAGACUGGAAGCACACCAGUCCCACAAAUUUUACUGAAACUCACUUUACUUUGUAGAUAUGAUGGAUCUGCAGCAUGAACUUGCACAAAUAAUGCACGUUUUUCUUACAGUUAAGUAAACAUGAUGCACACUAUUCUGCAACAGGAAAUCCUAUUGUGCCUUACCUUUGUGCUUUUGUGGGCACCAUGUUUAUUAUUGGAGAGUUUGUUAACUGAAAAAUUUUAAAUCCUCGGUUUUAUGUCUCAGAUGCUAAUGAAUGAGUAUAUAUAAUAUAUAAUCAGCCAUGCAGAAUUCUACUUACCAAGGACAAGUACAUAUUUUUGACGGGUAAGUGGAUUGUGCCAGGUCUGGUAGAUUUUUGAUGAGUUUUAUUAUAUACAUAUAUGUAUAUGUAUAAUAUACAUGUAUAUGUAUUAUAUAUAUGUAUAUAAACUAAUUUUGUUGUAUUUGAUGUGCAUCAUAGUAAUUUGUUAACCUGACCUUAGUGACCCCAUCUUGUGACCUGUUGCAAGAGUGAAUGUAAAAAUAGCUGUGGCAUUUUAAAAGGUCGCCUCGAUGCAAAUGCAUCUAUCUUGCUUUUAAGAUAUAUUUCUUGUAAACACUGUACAUUUUAAUUGUAAUAUGUACUAUUAUGCAGCUUAUUUUACCUUAAACUGUUAAGUUGACCGAUAUCCCUUCCUGCAAGACAGGGGAAUAUGUAUAAUAUCUGAACAUUUGAGAAAAAUCAGAUGUUUGUUGUAACUUGUCACCCUAUCCUGUAAAAACAAACAAAAAACCAAACCAGACUCGAAUUAAAGGUUUAUUAGGGGUUUUUA